UACAAGGUUGGUUGCGAUCGUUGUUCGUCGUUUUAAACAUUUGGAGAUUUCAGUUAACGCUGAGCAUUCAUAUCAACAACUACCUCGUGAACGGGAAUCGCAAGCGGAAUAAAACGGCAAACGGCGACAACGACGGCGGGUUUCUUGUCUGCAACAACAAUAGCAUUUGCAAAUAAACUAAUUUAGCCAAAAAAGAUAAAAACAAAAUAUAAACAAAAAGCAAACAAAACAAAAGUGUGUUAAGACGAUUUGUGCUUCUUUGUUUUGGUUUCUAUCGCGUGAAUACCUAAUUAAGAAUCAUGUUUAAACGUUUGUGUGCAACAACAGCAAUGGCAACAAAAACCACAAGAUCAUCAUCAUCAACGCCAUCAACCGCCUUGCCAAAGCAGUUUCUUCAAAAUGCUCUGAUUUUAUGUCUAUUUCUGCUGCUAAUGGAUCCGACCAUGGCCAUAGGCUUGGGCCGCUGUCCCAAGUAUCCAUCGAUGCCAAAAUUCAACAUGAGCCGGGUUCUGGGUCAAUGGUACGAAGUUGAGAGAUCAUUUUAUUUGCCAGAAAUUGCCUCAGGCUGUACCACUUUGGAAUUUCAGCCUCUGCACAAAGAAGAGCUCUCUAAGUUUAAUAAUUUCAAAUUGGAAGUUGCCAUUAAGACCAUUAACAGAAUAACUGGUAACCCCUCUGUGAAUUUGGGUUAUGCCACACCAGAAAAUCGAAAAUCCUCCAUUAUGGAUUUUAAGUUCAAUACUCGCUUCCCCGAAGUCAUUGCCCGCCUGCUACCCGGCUCCGGCAAAUAUCAAGUCCUCUACACAGAUUACGAAAACUUUGCCAUUUUAUGGUCUUGUGGUAGCCUUGGCUCUUUGGGUUAUUCCGAUCAAAUAUGGGUCUUUGGAAGAUCACGUGAUUUCCCCGUCGAAACAAGAGCAAAAAUCUAUGAUGCCUUGAAAAAAUUGGGCCUAGAACCAGAUCGUUUGGUUUUGAGUAAAAAUAAAAAUUGCCCGAAAACUUUAUGAAUUUUAAAUUCCUAAAACAUUAAUUAAGUUUAUCCAUUAAGUCACACACAUACUCAUGUGAAAUAUUGUUCAAAAAAAUAUCCACAUUCCAUAUAGUUGACUAUAUGCUGUUUAGAAUAGGUUACUGUGAUACUAUUACCCGGAUCAAAAACAAAGAGAAAAAUAUAUGAAAAAUACAAAUUA